AUGGCACCUGGAUACAGGACAACGGCCACUAACACCAGGCGCGGAAAUCGAAGUGGCUUUGCAGAGCACGAUGAUUUUGAAGGUCUACCUGUCCGACAAUGGCGCCAGCAAAUGGUCACAAUCGCUCCCCCUCCCGAACGAGAAGAGAACAAGAAGCACGAUCGCUGGGCCCAGGAGCUACCGCAUGGGAUGCCUAGAGAUACACCGCUGCUGACACCCCACAACCAAGAACUCCUAAGGCUGGCGCGCUCCGGCAAGCUGUACAGAAAACGACCCCUUCCCGAGGAAGAUGACGCCGACGCCGACGGUAUACCUGGUGACAAACAGGAGAAGAAAGAGUCGGCGGCGAGCGAGGGCUACAGUUAUAAGGUCAAGAAAUGGGUACGGCUAGACCGUAGCGCUGAGGAUGCAGGUAUCAAUCACCUGGCCCCGAGGCAAAAGGGCACUAUUACGCGGCCGUCCAGGCAGCUCGGGACACAAGUCACAGGCCCUAUGGUUACGAAAGCCACGGUCAAGAGGGUUGAUGCUGCAGGGAACCCAUACACGCAGGAAGUGAUCAUCCCCGAUGGACAGGCCGUCGAUGGAGAGAUCAUUUCCACAAGUGUUGUUCCUGCGCCCGAGGCGACUGGUGAGGCAGCAUUAUCUGCGGCAACCCCGAUGAGAAGAAAGCCGCCGAUCCCUCAGAAGAAGAAAGGCCGUGGCCGCGGCGGCCGUGCCGGGAGAGGACGGGGAAGACUGCCACUGGCUACACCUUCUCGACCGAUUCCCCAACAGGAUGGUACUACCGAGCUCAAACCCGAUAACGUUGGUCCAGAUGGCGUUAAGAUCGAGGCCGAGGACGGCUCACGGAAUGGCGGUGACAUCGAGAUGAACGAGUCUAGUGCGCUUGAUGAUGAGGAUGGAGAUGAGGGAUCCGGCGAUGAUGAUGAGGGCGAUGGCGAUGAGAGUGGGACACCUGCCGCAGAGGGAGAAGAUCAGGAGAUGAAAGACGCGCCUUCAUACACACCCUCGGACUCUGCGGUAGAUGCUCCGCCUGUUACGGUGACGACAGACGCGCCACAGCCUGGCGCGAACCUCGUACCGCCUCCAUUGGUUACCGAAUCUACGCAUCUUGAGGGGAGCCCGCUGAAGAACGUGACCCUCCGGUCGCCAACGGAUCCAUCACCACAUUUGUCGCCAAUCGCAACAACAGCCGCGCCGGUGAACGCAGACACUGGUCUCUCUGAGGUGCCGGGUGAGUCCACCCUCGGCCUUCAGCCAUCAGUGCCAGAGCCGCAGCAAGAGAUUCUGCUCUCGCAGGCGUUCUUUAGAGAAAAUCCCGUUGACAAUCAGCCUGCAGAACCGGCCGCUCCAGUGCCCGCAGAAACAGCUCCUACAGAGACUACCGGAAUGGAAGGCAUCACCUCCACCACCACCGAAUCCGAAAUGAUAGCCCCGGAACCGAUUCCUGAUCAACCAGUCGUCCAACCCGUCGCAGUCGAAUCGGCACCCGUCAUUGAACCACCGCCUGUAGUCGAGCCACCAGCAGUCAUCGAACCGCCACCAGUAGUCGAGGCACCCCUGCAGACCCAAGAACUUCCAAUCGCACCUCCGAAGGAAGACGUCCCGCUACCAUCCAGUGAGGAACCGAUGCCAGGUCAGGCGCCUGAAACUUCAGACCAACAAAUUCCUGCAGUCACUGAGCCGGCGCCACCGUCUCCGAUAAUUGCGCCAGUCCCUGCACCUGCACCCUCGCCACCCUCAGUCGAACAAGUUCCAGUUGAGGAGGUAAUCGGAGGCGUAGGAGCUGACGAUAUCAAGGCCGAGGACAUCGAUUCCAAGGACACAGGCGCAGAGGGUGUAGGUGCUGUAAGUGUUGAAGACGUAAUUAUUGAGGACGCGGGAGCUGCAAACGUGGGAGCCGAAGACAGGGGCGACAAGGAUGCUGAGGUCAAGGACAUUGUUGGGGCCGAUGACACGCGAGCCGAUGACGUGGCAACUGAGCAUGUAGGCAUUGAGAACGUGGGUACUGAGGACGUAGGAACUGAAGACGUGGCGACCGAAGACGGGAGCUUCGACAUCCUGGGUUCUUUGUCGACGAGUCUGAACCAGCAGGCCGAAGAUGAUGCACCACCACCACCAUCUCUUCCUACAGGUCUUCCUGACACCGCAACAGCCGAGCCGGCCCAGACCACCCAGCUCGAAGAGGUGGCCCAUCCAGUCCAGCCGGCCCAGCCCGACGAGACUGGCUUGAGCGGCCAGACCGUGGAGACUGGCGAGACAACCCAGACCGGCGAACCCGCGGAGACGGCUGACACGGAGGCGCAGGCUCAGGCUCAGGCGCAGGCUCUGGCGCAGGAAUCAACGAAGGAAGUGGCAGAGGAGAAACCCGAGACCGAGGUUUAG